GAUUUGAUCCAAAUUUACAUUUCUCCUUUGGGUUAUUGGACUCUGAAACCUUUGGGUGGAGCCAAAAAUGUGAAUUGAACUUGCCAUCACACGUCCCUGGCUUCCUCCAGCGAGCCACAUUUGCUACUUUAGAAUGCAGACAUGAACCUUUUAACUUUACACUGACAUCAAAUAUUGACUUAGUUUCAUGUAUAUCUGGACUUUGCACAGGGGGGAAAAGCCUGACAUUGCUGAAAAUGGCAGCUGAGGAACCCACAGAAGGUCCAAAAACAGCCAAACAGUUCGUGGUGAAGGAAGAGGUCAUCGCAGAAAGAAAAUGGUUGAAGCUUGAAGAAACAACUUACACUGAUCCCUUUGGGAAAACCAGAACUUGGGAGACUGUAAAGCGAACUGGCAACAAGAAGGGAGUCACAGCUGAUGGGGUAGCGGUGAUUGCAGUGCUACAGAGGACUCUGCACUACGACUGCAUUGUCCUGGUGAAACAGUUCAGGCCCCCAAUCAACGGCUACUGCUUGGAAUUCCCUGCAGGCCUCAUUGAGGAAAACGAGUCAGCAGCAAGUGCUGCACUGCGAGAGCUGGAGGAGGAAACUGGGUACAAGGGGGAAGUCAUUGAAUGUACUCCAGCUCUGUGCUUGGACCCAGGCGUGUCAAACAGCACCACACACAUCGUGAGCGUCACCAUUAACGGAGACGCGGCUGAGAACACGAGGCCCAAGCAAAAGCUUGGUGAGUUUGAAUUUGUGGAGGUUAUUUCACUUCCAAAGAACGACCUACUGCAAAGAAUUGAUGAGCUGGUAGCAGAGGAACACCUUGCAGUAGAUGCCAGGGUUUACACUUACGCCCUGGCUCUGAAAUGUGCAGCAGAAACACCUCUCCAAGUUCCCUUCAUGAAGUUUUAAAGCUGGACAGUGAGAAACUUAGUGGAAAACUGCCCAAGUCAGGUGGCUUAGAAGCACAACUCUUCUUGUAAUCAAGGGCCUUUGCUUUACUUGUAGAGCAAAAAAAAAAAAAAAAAAGUAUUUGUAGGAACGAUUCUGAUACUUUUAUUUGGAAUUGUGUAACUGACAAAAAGCAUUUCUUCUAACUGCUCUAUCAAGCCUUGACGGACUCUCCAUAAUAAAAACACUGUUUAAUUUUCAGAA